CUGCAGACACCGGUCAGGGCUCGUCUAAGACAUCAGCUGGUCCGGGGCUGGAGGCCUCCCCGGGCAGGACUGUGGACAGCUGAGCUGCAGCUGAGCCAAGAACCACCUCUUUGCAGGAAAACAACCACCUUACUUUCCAUUCCGCUGCCUGAGAUAAUCACAUCCUCCUCGCACUCACCCCAGGCCCCCAUGGAGAGCUCAGAUGUGGAUCUGGACCUCCAGCGGAGCGUGCACGCUGUGCUCCGAGAGCUCAGCGCCCAGGCCCCUGCCCUGCCGAGCAACCAAGGCAUGUGGAGAUGGUCCCUGCACAAGAAGGUCGAGCGGGAUCCUGGCAAGAGUCCGGCACUGGUCCGCAUCCUGCUCAGAGAACUGGAGAAGGCAGAAAGUGAGGACGCCCGGCAUGUCAUCAUUCCCUUGCUGCACACUCUAAUGUACGUGCUCACUAAGGCCACGGGCAUCACAGAGGAGCUCCACCGGAGAACCUAUGCCUUUUGCACGAGAUUGCUGACCCUGCCCGCCCCCUACUGCACCAUCGCCCUGGACUGCGCCAUAAGGCUGAAAACGGAGACGGCCGUCCCAGGGACGCUGUACCAGAGGCUGGUCAUUGCCGAGCAGAACCUGACGAGUGAGCUGUACCCCUACCGGGAGAGAGUGUUCCUCUUCGUGGAUCCUGAGCUGGUGUCUCCCUCCGUGUGCAGCGCCCUGCUGCUGGAGAUCGAGGCGGCCCAGGGGCAGCAGACACCAGAGGCCUGCAUGCGCCACGUGGUCUCCCACGCCCUGCAGGCGGCGCUGGGGGAGGCCUGCGAGGCAGGCGUACUGCAAAGGAAGCUGCAGACCAGCUCCCGCCGCGCCCUGGAGCGCUAUUUCCACGCCGUGGUGGCAGCCGUGGAGCAGAUGGCCAGCGAGCCCAGCCCGAGCCGGGAGGGCCACCUGGAGAGGCUGGAGGAGAUUUACUGCUCGCUGCUGGGGCCGGCGGAGGCCGCCAGGGGGCGCUGCGUCGGUGACCGCCCCCAGGCCCAGCUGCCAAGCAUCCCUCUGCCCAGCCCCCAUAUCACCUUCCACCUGUGGACCGAUGAGGAGCAGCUCUGGGAGGAACUGGUGCUCUUCCUGCGCCUGCGAUCCCAGCUCCGCCUCAGUGCAGACUUGGAAGCCUUGGAUCUGCAGGGAUUCCUGCCAGACCAGGAGUUGGCCCGGGCGUCCGUGCUGUCCACCGACAGCGGCAUCGAGCGGGACCUUCCUUGGGGGGCCGACGAGCCGCCCACACCCGGCAGCCCCGAGGUGGAGCGAGCCGUGCUGCGGCGCAAAGGGGGCAUCAAGAAGCGGGUGUGGCCCCCGGACAUCCUGAUGCCCGGCAGCUGGGAUGGGCCCCCGGGGCUGCACCGGAGGAUUGGCAGGCCCAGCGGGGACGGGGAGCUGCUGCCUGGGGUCUCCCGGCUGCACACGGCACGCGUACUGGUGCUGGGGGACGACCGGAUGCUGGGGCGCCUGGCCCGGGCCUACCACAGCCUCAGGAAACGAGAGACCCAGAAGUUCUGCCUCACCCCCAGACUCAGCCUGCAGCUCUACUACAUCCCUGUGCUGGCACCUGAGAAGCCCACAGCAUCCAGGCGUUCAGAGCUCGGAGAGUUGGCUGCGUUCCUGGGCCGCGCAGACCCGUGGUACGAGAGUGUCGUCAACACCCUGUGCCCCGCCAUCCGCAAGCUGGCAGAGAUGCCUCUCUCCCUGGACACAUCCCAGACCGUAGACCCCUUCAUCCUGGAUGCCAUCACGUACUAUGUUCGCAUGGGCACCCAACCCAUCUAUUUCCAGAUCUACGCAGUCAAGAUCUUCUUCAGUGACCUGAGCCAAGACCCUGCAGAGGACAUCUUCCUCACCGAGCUCAAAGUCAAGAUCCAAGACUCCAAGUUCCCCAGAGAUAGUCUUUCACCCAGGAGGAGGGGCGUGGCCGAGGGCCCAGGCGCUGAGCUCUCCAUCUGCUACCAGAAGGCCCUGCUCAGCCACCGCACCCGAGAGGUCACCGUCUCCCUGCGGGCCGCUGGGCUGGUCCUGAAGGCCCUUCCAGCCAGUGACACUGAAGUUUCAGGGCCCACCCACUGCCCCCCAACUGCUGCUCCCGAUAUAGACCACACAUGCCUGAAUAUUAGCGUGACAGAGGUUGUCAAGACCUCCAACUUGGCAGGAAGGUCCUUCUCUACGGUGACAAACACCUUCCGGACAGCUAACAUCCAGAUCCAAAGCCAGGACCAGAGGCUGCUGACACUGUUGCUGGACAAGGACAGUUGCCGCAUGUACAGGGACGUGGCCAGGUUCGAGGUUGCUCCCUGCCCAGAGCCGUGUUCUGAGGCCCAGAAAUCCAAGGUGCUGGGGCUCAGCUCACACCAGGAGGAGAUGGAAAGAACCAAAGCCAAGGCCAAGCCCCUUCUAAUGCCCAUCAACACGUUCUCUGGCAUCGUCCAGUGAGCCCAAAGGGGCUGCAGAAUCGCUGAGUCUGAGAGCGGCGGGCCCGAGAGGAAGGAUACACUACCCCACCCGCCCCAAACACUCACACCAACGUCUAGAACAAGGCUCCCUGGGGCGGCUUCCAGCCACACCUAAAAGCCAGCAAGUCCCAGGAGCACAGGGAGCUGGCCGUGGCGGGUGCAACGGAGCAGGGCCCACACGAAGGGUCGAGGAGGCCCUGGCCAAGCCGUGCAUCCAAAGCCCAGCUCCUUGCGCCUGUGUCCACUCCUUCGUUGAUUUCCAAUCCCUGCCUCUCCCACUCAAGCUCCCCACCCAGCCCUUAAAACCAAGGUGAGAGCUGCUGUCCCAUGGCCUGGGGCCCCGUGGCCUGGGGCAAACAGGACGUGGGCAGUGGCAGCCCCUCCCGCCCAGUCUGUUCCCUUCCCUCUAGCGGGCCACUGCCCACCUCGCCCACUCCCAGGCAGGCGUCUCUCCCGGUUGAGAGGAAAUGUCAGAUUCAAUAAAUGC